AUGUCUAAUAGAAUCGUACCAGCUCCAGAAGCAGCAUCACCACGAUCAGGUGGAGAAUCACCACCACAAUCAGCUCGGGAAACAUCGCCACGAAAAUCACCGCCACAAUCAGCUCGAAAAUCAUCAUCACGAGAAUCAGCUCCACAAUCAGCUCGAAAAUCACCACCACGAUCAGGUAGAGAAUCACCACCACGAUCAGGUGGAGAAUCGCCACCACAAUCAGCUCGGAAAUCACCACCACGAGAAUCAUCACUACAAUCAGCUCGGAAAUCAUCACUACGAGAAUCAUCACCACAAUCAGCUCGGAAAUCACCACCACGAGAAUCAGCACCACAAUCAGCUCGGAAAUCACCACCACGAGAAUCAGCACCACAAUCAGCUCGAAAAUCACCGCCACGAUCAGAUCGAGAAUCAGCACCACAAUCAGCUCGAAAAUCACCGCCACGAUCAGAUCGAGAAUCACCACCACGAUCAAGUUUGGAAACAUUGCCACCUGCUGGAGAAACACUACUACCACGGCCAACUUCAAAACAAUCACCACCUUCUUCAGAAAUACCACUAUCACCAACUCCAGAAAGACGGUCACCACCAUUUUCGGAAACAUCAGCGCCGCCAACUUCAUAUACAGUACGACCAUCGUCAAAUUCAAAACCUGUACCAUCGCCAGCAAAACCUUUGCCACCACCAACUUCAAAACCUGUACCACCGUCACCAAAACCUGUGCCACCACCAUCAGCUGCAAAACCUGUGCCAUUACCAGCAGCUUCAAAACGAGUGCCACCACCAGCAAGUUUAAAAACAGUACUUCCAACAGCUUCGGAAACAAUACCACCACCAGUAGUCUCAGCAGCAGCAGUGCCACCACCGUCUUCACCAUCGGCAUUAUUAGAUUUAAUGAAGAAAUAUGUCCAAUCAAAAGUCUGUUAUAAUUCAGCAGCCUUAACAAAUGCAAGAGUUACCAACGUAAAACAAGGAUGUAUUGCCUACCAAAUUGAUCUGUCGACAUUAGUAGAAUCGCGUUCGUUGGAAAAACUAGAGAAACCUUAUAAUGGUGAAUCUACACCUGCUCAAGCACUUCUUAAUGCAUGGGACUAUGAAUUUCAACAGCCAACAACCCUAAAGAAGUACCAGAAAGACACACAUGAUCUUAUACAAACAAGUUCGAAAGCUGUCUGUCCGGAAUGCAAAGGUGCUACUCGUUUCCAAUGUUCGUCAUGUGGGGGAAAUGGUAGAACGGCUUGCCACUAUUGUAGUAUAAAUGCUUCAACUCAGAACAGCGAUCAAAUGUAUGAUAGAUCAGUGUGUUCAUAUUGCAAUAAUACACGUGUUACACAUUGUUCAACAUGUAACUCUACUGGUGCAGUUGAUUGUACAAGAUGUGGAACACACGGCUAUAUAUUACAGUGGUAUCAAUUAACAAUUGAAUGGUAUACAAUUCAUUCUAUCUCUUUACAAUCAAAUACUUCAUUGCCAGCUGAAAUAAUUUAUAAAGCUCCAGGUAAACAAUCCUGUUGGCAAUUUGAUCAAAAAUGGUCAAAUGCUUGUUCAUUUAAUAAUUAUUUUCAAAGUGUCUUCGCUAAGCAACGCGCCGAAUUUCCAGUGAAACUUGAUAGCUUAACGGAAGACUUUACUAAAAAUCAUUUGGAGAAAGUUCAAAAUGAUGGCCUAAUUAUCAGACUAAAAUGUGAAAUACAAAAAUUAGAUAUAAUUGAGGUUGAAUAUGAAGCUGAAGGAUUUAUUAACAAGACAGAUGAGAAUAUGGGUAUGUUUUUAUUAACUAAAAAAUUUUAA